AUUAAUAAAGAGGUAGCAGAAAUGAAAAUGAAGUUCAGUCACAUGGAAGACAUGAAGGAUGAUUAUCAAGAUAUGAAUAUUCACUGUGUUUUUGAUGUAACUACAAAAAUCCCAUUCAGACUGGAUCAAAACCAGGUGCUGCUUACUUUUGAAGAUGAAGAAGUUGCCCAGGGACUGAUAAAAAUUGGUAAGCAUACUGUGAACCUGGACAACAAAACAGCAGAUAUGAGAGUGAUGCCUUUUACACUUGAAAUGGGAAUCAAAUUUAAGCUCCAUGUCACUAUUUCUGGAAAGAAGAUUAAUGUUUCAGAAGUACCUGAACUAUCCAUUCCUCAAGACUGGAUGAGAGACAAAUUAGAGCUGAAUUUCUGCAAACCUGAACAGGGAGGAGGAGAAGUUGAAAACGUGAACUAUGACAAGCAGUCUAGAACAGCCGUUAUUACAUUCCUCAGACCUGGAGCAACUAACAGCUUUGUGAGAUGUACCGAAUAUCCUUUUGUUGUAAAUGGAAUGUGGUAUAGGCUUCCUGUUUCCCCAGACACCAGUGUAAAACUGGAAAACUUUCAGCUCUACUGUGGGAUUUCUAAGAAGACCAUUCUGUUGAAAGGAAUUAAAGAGAUGGAAGAUGAUGAGGAAAGUGUGCAGGACAUGAUUGAAAUCCAUUUUCAAAAGCCUAGUAAUAAUGGUGGGGAAAUAGAGAAAAUCAAGUAUGUAUCAAAAGGAGUAACAUGGGUUUGUUUUGAGGAGGAUACUUAG